AUGUCUGUUCCGAGCAAGAGUUGGCAAUGGUGGGGCUUCGCCAGCCAUGUGUUCAAGCCUUUACCCGUUUGGUGAAGAUGUGGAAGCAGGACUGUGCAGGACAGAGAUGGUGCAUGGCCUAUGAGAGAAGGACAAGCUAUUAUACCAUUUAUAAGCAAGUGUACAGCAUGGAACAUCACACUGUCUUUAAGUGCUGCCCUGGCUGGAGCCAGAAGAAAGAUGAUGAAGCUGGGUGCCUUCACGCAUUGUGCUCUGUGGGCACUUGUUUCAAUGGAGGGAAAUGCUCUGGUGGGAUGUGCCAGUGUCCAGCAGGAUUUCAGGGAUCCCGCUGCCAGUAUGAUGUCAAUGAAUGUGCCAUUGCCAAUGGAGGAUGUCAGGACCAAUGUUGCAAUAUGAUUGGCAGCUACUACUGCAAAUGUCCAGCUGGCCAGAAACUGAGAGAAGACCGGAAAUCUUGUGAAGCCUUUAAUACCUCAACCACCUAUUUUUCUUUUCUAGAUAUUGAUGAAUGUGCAGUAAGGAGUGGAGGCUGCCAGCAGAGCUGUGUGAACACUCUGGGUUCCUACCACUGUGAAUGCAAUGCAGGAUACAAACUUCAUGCUGACGGUCGUACGUGCAUAAGUGUGAGCUCUUGUGCCGUCAACAACGGAGGCUGUGAACAUGAGUGUAUGCAGAUGAGUGAAGACCACUACUGGUGUCAGUGCCACACACACUACCAGCUUAAGAGAGAUGGGAAGCACUGUGAAAAGAUUGACCCCUGUGCAAGUGGAAAUGGAGGCUGCUUGCAGAUCUGCCGAAAUGAGAGCGGACUUGCAGAGUGUGAAUGCUAUUCUGGAUAUCGCCUUUCUGCAGAUGGGAAGUCCUGUGCAGAUGCUGAUGAGUGUGCAGAAGGGACAGCCAAGUGCACCCAUCGCUGUGUGAACACUUUGGGCUCCUUUGCCUGCGUUUGUAAUCCUGGAUUUGAACUAGGAGCUGACGGAAGACAAUGCUACCGCAUUGAAAUGGAAAUUGUCAACAGCUGUGAAGAUGAUAACGGAGGUUGCCUUCAUCACUGUGAGCACUCCACCAAUGGGCCCCUCUGCUCUUGUAACCAAGGUUACCGCUUGGAUUUAGAUGGAAAGACAUGCACAGACCUGGACGAAUGUGUGACCGGAGAUGCCUGCUGCUCACAGUUCUGCAUCAACUACAUCGGAGGCUACGAAUGCAGCUGCAAGGCAGGCUUCCAGCUUCAUCUGGACGGCUGUGAAUGUGAUGAUGUGGACGAGUGCCUAUCCGACACUGAUGGCUGCGACCAAUAUUGUAUUAAUUCUUUGGGUUCAUAUGAAUGUACAUGUGAGGAAGGAUACAGGCUCAGCAGUGUCAAUGGAAAGUCUUGCAUCUCAUUAGAUGACGAUGAGCUGGAAGAGGAGGAAGAAGAACUGGAGAUUGCCCGGAUUCCUGGCUUCCGCUUCAGAAGACCGCCUCAGCUCCUUCACUUCAGUACCUCCCUAGAUUCUUUCUAUGAUGAGGAGGAAGAGGAGAUUCGUGGAGAGCUCACUGUUGCACACCAAGUUGCUUGUCUGCAUAACAUGUUUGGCAGUGACUGCAGCUUGAGUUGUUCUGACUGUAUGAACAGAGGGAAAUGCAACAGUGACAACAGUAGUUGUGACUGCCCACCUGGGUGGACUGGCAUUAUCUGUAAUGAAACCUGCUCCAUGGGGACCUAUGGGAAAGAUUGCAGCAGCCUCUGCAAGUGUCAGAACGGAGGUUCCUGCGACCCAGUAACAGGGUGGUGCCGUUGCCCACCAGGAAUUAAUGGAAAGUUUUGUGAAGAUGGUUGCCCCAAAGGACGCUUUGGGAAACAUUGCGACAAGAAAUGUAAUUGUGCUAACAAUGGAUAUUGCCACAGAUUGUAUGGAGCCUGUUUAUGUGACCCUGGGCUAUAUGGUCGCUUCUGCCAUCUAACCUGUCCCAAAUGGGUCUUUGGAGCCGGCUGCUCAGAGGAGUGCCGCUGUUUGAAGGAGAACACCCUGGAUUGCGACCCCAGAAACGGUACCUGUACCUGCAGACCAGGCUACGAAGGGAGCAAGUGUCAAAGAGAGUGCUUACCUGGUUUUUACGGAGCUUCCUGUCAACAGAGGUGCAGCUGUCCUGGUGCGUCCUUGUGUGACCAUGAAACUGGGGGAUGCAGACACCCCUGCCCUGCGGGCUUCUAUGGAGAAAAUUGCCUAAACCAUUGCCCUGAGGGUACCUGGGGUGUGAACUGCCACUCUGUCUGCGAACCCUGUGAGAAUGGAGGGCUGUGUCACCCAGUAACUGGGACGUGUGAAUGCUCAUCAGGAUACACUGGGAAAUACUGCAAUGCUUCUUGCCCCGCUGGUUACCAUGGGAAAGAAUGCUUGCUGCAAUGCAGCUGUCAUACUGAUGCUCAGUGUAACCCUGUCACUGGGGAAUGCACAUGUCCCCCAGGUUGGAUCGGCCGUGACUGCAAGCAGCCUUGCGGUUCUGGCUCCUGGGGACAGCUCUGUGGAAACUCCUGUGACUGCAGAAACAGUGAUGGGAGCUGCAACCCUGUUACUGGCGUUUGCUUCUGCGAAGCAGGAUACACUGGGAAGCGUUGUGAGCAGAGAUGCCCCAAGGGAACCUUUGGCCUAAGCUGUAAACAUAGCUGCCAAUGCAAAAAUAGAGCGAUCUGUGACCACAUGAGCGGAGCCUGUACUUGUGCAGCUGGCUGGAUGGGAACCUUUUGUGAGAAAGCUUGUCCAGAUGGCUUUUUUGGGCUGGACUGUCACCAGGUGUGCGACUGCAAGAAUGGAGCCGUCUGCAAUCACACUGAUGGAACGUGCCAGUGCCUCCCUGGCUGGAUUGGGCCCAGCUGUGAGCAAGCUUGUCACAGUAACACUUACGGACAAAGCUGCCGUCAGCGUUGCAAUUGUAAGAACGCAGCACUCUGUGACCACAUCACUGGGGCAUGCAUAUGCACAGCAGGAUGGAGAGGACCGGUUUGUCAGGAAGGCUGCCCUCCGGGUCUGUAUGGUAAGGACUGCCUAGAGCAUUGCAUCUGUAAAAAUCAGGCUACUUGUGAUCCCGCGACUGGAGAGUGCCUAUGCCCCAAAGGUUGGACCGGAAUAGCUUGUGAACUGGAGUGUGAAGCAGGGAAGUAUGGAGAAAGGUGCCAGCAGAACUGCAGCUGUAGCAAUGGUGGAAUUUGUGAUCAUCGUUCUGGGAAAUGCACUUGUCGUCCAGGCUGGAUUGGGGACCAUUGUGAUACUCCUUGUCCAAAUGGUUCCUUUGGGGAGAGGUGUGAAGGGCUGUGUGACUGUGAGCACAGCUCCUCCUGCAACCCGCAGACUGGAAUGUGUCACUGUGAAAAAGGCUGGAGAGGAGAACAGUGUGACAAGCGUUGCCUGCCUGGCUACUAUGGCAGCAAUUGUUCUGAGCACUGCAAAUGCCCUCCAGGUGUCCCUUGCAACCACGUGAGCGGGGAGUGUGGCUGCCCUCCAGGUUUUGUGGGCAGUGGCUGCGAAAGAACUUGUCUGCCAGGCACAUAUGGGGAGAACUGUAACCAAGUAUGUCAGUGCUCUGGAAAGAAUGAAGAGUGCCAUCAUGUCACCGGCAAGUGUGGCUGCCUGCCAGGGUACUACGGAAUCCGCUGUGACCUUCGAUGCCCCAAAGGAACAUACGGCCCGCAUUGCAGGAAAGCAUGUCGGUGUCUGAAUGGAGGGCAUUGUGACACUGUGACAGGAGCCUGUGACUGCCUGCCUGGUUUCAUCGGAGCGGACUGUGGGAAAACUUGUCCAGAGCAUCACUAUGGGAAGGACUGUGCCUUAUUCUGCUCCUGUGGUAAAGGACGUUGUGACUCGGUGACGGGCAAGUGCUACUGUCCACCUGGCCGAAUUGGACCCAACUGCCUUCAAUUGUGUCCCCAGGGAAGAUAUGGCCCCCACUGUCAGCUAAAAUGUUUGUGUAAGAAUGGUGGCAUCUGUGAUCCCGUGAAUGGGACCUGCAUUUGUGGACUUGGCUGGACGGGACGCUACUGUGAGAAAGAAUGUGCUGUUGGAAAAUAUGGCUCUGAUUGUCAGCUAGAUUGCGCUUGUCAGAAUAACGGAACCUGCAACCGGUUUACUGGCUGCUGUCAGUGCACAGAAGGUUAUUACGGACAUUCCUGCAACUACACCUGCCCAUUUGGAUUUUAUGGUCUCAACUGCUGGUAUCCAUGCAACUGUAAAAAUGGAGCCACAUGUCUCCCAGCAAGUGGGUUGUGUGUGUGUGCCCCAGGUUUCCAAGGGGUACACUGUGAAAAAGGUUGUCCAGCUGGAAUGUUUGGAGACAAAUGCAAACAUCAUUGUGAGUGUGCAGGAUCAACUCGGUGUGACCCAGUUACUGGAAAGUGCUUUUGCCCACCAGGCACAACUGGGGACAGGUGUGAUGUUGAAUGUGGGCCAGGCAAAUAUGGCCCCAACUGCUCUCAGCAGUGCCAAUGUGCCAAUAAAUCCCAAUGCAAUGUACGAAAUGGCAAAUGCACUUGUCUCUACAAAUGGAUGGGACCAUCUUGCAAAGAAGGUGGUCCUCCAAAACUUCUGUCUUAUGAAGAGCACACUCAAGAGAAAGGGAAUACUUUUUCAAGACUGCCACAACAGGAACACUUGGACUAAUGAAUGAACUGUUUUAUAUGCACAGACGGUAUUUAACUUUGGAAAUGAGAGCUGCUAUUCAUUUCUGCUUGAACUGGACUGGAAAAUUCACACUUCUUUGUGCAGGUCUACAUUAUCCAUUAAGUAGCUGGGUCCCUCUUAAAACUUUUAAACUCU